CAACACUAAAUUGUCAAUCAAUGUGUAAUUGGUAGAUUUGCCGACAUUAAGCGCGGCAACACAGGCAUUUGCUGUUUGACGGACGAGCGUGUCGCGAUUGUUUUAUUUAUCGCAAAACAAUAUUUUGGCGAUUCAAAAAUUUUCCUUGGAAACCAGUGUAAAAAACCUUCAAAAUGGCUCUCGGCGGUGGAAUGUCAUGUGUGAAGUACCUUCUCUUCUGUUUCAACCUUUUGUUUGCGAUCACGGGCCUGAUCAUCCUGAUCGUGGGCAUCAAGGCCGAAGUGAAGGCUCACCCGUACAUCGACCUGACGGAUGAAGCGUUCUACACGUCCGCGCCCAUGGUGCUGAUCAUCAUCGGCGUGAUCGUCUUCAUCGUCGCCUUCUUCGGCUGCUGCGGCGCUGUUAAGGAGAACCACUGCAUGAUCGUCACGUUCUCAGCGUUCCUGCUGAUCAUCUUCGUGGCGGAGUUAGCUGUGGGCAUCGCAGGCUACCUGAAGCGGGACGACCUAGAAGCGUCGGUGGUGCGCCACCUCAACGAGACCAUCUCCAAGUACCCCACCGACAAGGACGUCCAGAAUACCUUCGACAUUCUGCAGACUGACUUGAACUGCUGCGGCAUCAACAACGCCUCGGACUGGCCCAACAACAACAUCCCGUACCCCGCGUCCUGCUGCACUGGCCACGAGAUCACCACGGGCGGAGUGCCGGUGGCCUGCAACACCAACGAGCCUACCUUCCACCACGACGCUUGCUUGCCGAAGCUGGUCAACUUCUUGAAAGACAUCGCGCUGUGGCUCGGAGGCGUCGGCUUGGGCAUUGCUAUUGUUCAGUUGCUGGGUGUGAUAUUCGCCUGCUGCCUGGCUCGCUCCAUCCGCAGUCAGUACGAGACCGUCUAAGAGGAUCCGAGCACUCCCCCUCUUACCUAACUGCGGGUUUCAACACUCCAUAUCUAUUCACCAUUGUGAUAAGUUCUUAUAAGUUUACAGUAUCCAUACAUAAUUUAUUUUUGUACUAGAAUUUAUUUUCGUUACAACAGAUUUAUGUUUUAUAGUACUUUGUAAAGGUUACAACGACGUAUCUUCUGGUAAAAUACGUCUUUUUAUUUUAUAAGUUUAUAAAUCAUAAUAGAACAAUUAAGUAGUAGUACAAUUGUAAUUUGUUUGAUAUUACACUUAGACCAAGGUCUAAGAUAUUACGUUGAAUUUCCAUUUCGAAUAAAUAUCAUUAAGUGUGGUGCAGUUAGGUGUGCUUUUAAUGUACUAUCAUGUCUAUAUUAUAUUGUCUUUUGAGUGGGAAGUAUCAAGUGACUAGCACAAUGCACUAUCUCCUUGAAUCUGUCGACUUUCCAAAGGGUUCCCUGGCCUGCGUGUGCUCAGCGUAGAAGACUGAUUUUUCGAAUAGAAGACGUAACGGUAAAUGCCAAAUUCUAUCUUCUUUCUUACCUUUAUAUUGUACUUUUACGUAAUGAUUGGAAUUUCCCUAUAUAUUAGUCUUCGUGUUUCAUGUUAGUCAAACUAGAUGUGCACAUAUGUAACGAAGUUUUUAAUUAGAUGUAUUCUUCAACUUGGUACACAACAACUGAAUAAAUAUGUCAGUUUGAACAGUGUCUCUAGACAUCCACGUCGCCGUACGUUGUUGAUUGUUUGAAUGCAUCUAAUUAAAUACUAGAUCAGUGUAACGUUUUAAAGACAAUUUAGCGAUGUAUAAUUAUUAUUAGUUUAUAAUAAAGUCCCUAUUAUCUUACUUACAA